AGGCGCGGGGCGGAGAGAAGGUGAUCAAUCUCUAUCGGCCUCCAUUAGCUGACGAUCACUUUGAUUUGUUUGUCCGCCGGAGGACGAGAGCACGCCGGGGAGCUUGGAGAGCUUUGCAGGGCCGACAUGUGGACGACUUUGCGGGCCGAGCCUCAGUGACUUUCAGGCGGAUUUUGUCGCCCGCGCUGCCGCUGCUGGAUGAUUGUUGGCUUUAUUUGCUUUUCCUGCAGCUUUCUGGACCCAAACAGGCGACAAGCAAACAAGUGAGCCGGUGGGUGCCGCCUGUCCCGCCAAGCUGCAGCAUCGCGGGAGAGGGAGCCACUGGCCUGAGCUGGGCGGCGCAGUGAGCGCCUGUAGCAUGAUGUCCUACCUCAAGCAGCCCCCCUACGGCGUCAACGGCCUGGGGCUCAGCGGCGCCGCCAUGGACCUGCUGCACCCCUCUGUGGGAUACCCAGCGACGCCCAGGAAGCAGCGGCGGGAGAGGACCACGUUCACCCGCUCCCAGCUGGACGUGCUGGAGGCUCUGUUCGCCAAGACCCGCUACCCCGACAUCUUCAUGCGCGAGGAGGUGGCGCUCAAAAUCAACCUGCCGGAGUCCAGAGUUCAGGUGUGGUUCAAGAACCGCAGGGCCAAGUGUCGCCAGCAGCAGCAGAGCGGCGGAAGCGCCAAAGCCCGGCCUCCCAAGAAGAAGUCGUCUCCGGCGCGCGAGAGCACGGGUUCUGAGAGCAGCGGUCAGUUCACGCCGCCCGCCGUCUCCAGCACGGGCUCGUCGUCGUCUUCAUCCUCGUCUGUCAACCACGCGGGCCCGCCGGCGGCGCUCGGCAGCACCUCCACUUCCAUCGGUACCGUGUCGUCCAUCUGGAGUCCCGCCAUCUCCCCCGGGAACGCGCCCGCUCCCGCCGCAGCACCGCUCCCCGAGCCCGGCCCGCCCUCCAACGCCUCGUGCAUGCAGCGCUCCAUGUCGGGCUCGGCAGCCGCCGCCACCUCCUACCCUAUGUCGUACAACCAGACGCCGCCGGGCUAUGGACAGGGCUACCCCGCCCCCUCCGGCUCCUACUUUGGCGGCAUGGACUGCGGCUCCUACCUGGCGCCCAUGCACUCCCACCACCACCCUCACCAGCUCAGCCCCAUGACGGCGUCGUCCAUGUCGGGUCACCCUCACCACCACCUCAGCCAGUCUUCGGGCCACCAUCACCACCACCAUCAGGCGUACGGCGGCUCCGGCCUGGGCUUCAACUCCUCCGACUGCCUGGAUUAUAAAGAGCAGACAGCCGCCUCGUCGUGGAAGCUCAACUUUAACGCCACGGACUGCUUGGACUACAAAGACCAGACCUCCUGGAGGUUCCAAGUCUUGUGAUCGGCCUUUUGUUUUUUUUCCUACACUCUUUGCCUCCCCUUCUUUGGUGUUCCCACCUUAGCUCCUCUUCUGAAGACCACAAGACAGGAUGCUCCCACCUCUUCUCUGAUAAAAUAGAAAAGAAAGGUUUUCAGAGAUUUUCUUUCAUAAACGUCAAAUAUUGAUUUUAAACAGCCCCCUCCCUUCUCUCGUGACCACCAGCUCUCUGGACAGGAGAAAUAUUUGACCUCCAAUCAAACCCCGUGUACAGUUUUUAUUUGGCAAAUGUGUUAUUUUAGACGCAAGAAGAAGAUUUUUAGUCAGCGCCUGGGGCGAGCAGCUGAAAUGUGUAAAUAUGUAUUUGGGUCAGUUCCAGUGACCACCUUUUAGUUGGCGUUUUAAUACCACUUUUGGAGGGGGGAGGGGGACAAAUGUAUGUAAAUCUCUCCAAAGAAUUCAAAUUGGCCCACUUUUUAUAUCCGAUGUUUGCCUACGAGAUGAAGAUGUUUGAGCAAAACCUCCCAAAUUAAUUAGUUUCCCGGAUGAUCUAAAAAUGAUUUAUGGAAUUGUUCUGCUAGCUUCUCGUGAUGUUUAAACACAGCACUUGGCUUCACGGUUUUAUUGUGUUGGAAUAACGCCGGUGAGAUGUUGAAUGUAUGCUAAAGGCGACCAUGACCCUCACUUCCAUGUUCAUCCAAUAAAGAUCCCUUCAGUCACA